AUGCUGGUGCCACUGCUGAUGCCCAUCGCGCAGAUCCUCGAGUUUCUUCCGCCGAAAGUGCGCAACAUUGAGCCGUCGCCGCUCAUCUCGUUCACUUCCGACCAGAUCUCUUCGCUCGGCCUCAAUGCGGCAGACUACAACACGGGCACCAACCACCCGGUGAUGCUCGAGCUGGGCUAUCAGAACCACACGGGUCCUGGCCCGCGCUUGUUCCGACCGAGCUUUGACGAAGCAAAGCUCGAGAUUCUGGGCAUGCGACACCCCUCGCUGUCCGGCAAGCAGCCUACAGCAGCAGACAAGGGGUUCGUCUACAAGCAGCUGAUCCUCUUCUCGAACGUUUUGCUCUACGCAUCGUCCAACAUCAUCGCGGGGUUGCGAAGCAACCUGGUCACCAUUACGCCGUCCCAAUCGCCCUCGAUCUACCCGGCGGACGAAGCAACGAUUCUUUACAACGUCAAGGACUACAUCGAGGUGCACUUCAGCAAAGACGGGGCGCCCGGGUCAGCGAGCAACAACGGAGCGGUGCAGUGGGCCGGCCGACCAUGGUACGGUUGGGCAACGGGCGAGACUCUGACGCAAUUCGUGUUUGAUGGCGCGAAUGCAAAGAUCCAGCCUGUGCCGUACAGGGCAGAUGCAAGGGUGAAGACGGCCUCGUUCUACGAUCCCUCCGUGGCGGCCAAGGCGGCGGAUGUGUCGCCGGAAUGGAGCGAGUUUGACGGUGUGGCCAGUUGGAGGUACCAGGCCGACUACUACAGUCGCGAUAUCAAGGCUGCGGAUGCCAACGUCGAUUGA